AUUUAUAGGAAGUUUUGGCGGUUGUUUUAUUUUGCCCACUGCCAGUAGUUUGCAGUCUUUGAAUGUAACGUUAUCAAGUAGCUUAAAAGCUGACAGUUUGUCUGUUUUAAUUUCAUUAUUCGUCAAACCGAUAGUUGGCAGUCGUUACGCCUUUUUUGUGUUUUAUUAAACGAAUGUUGAUGAUUUUAGAACAAGUUUCGAAGCUAGCGAAAAACAAAGUGUUCGUGUUAGCACGACGAGUUAGCUAGCUAGCUAACUUACUGGAUACAAAACUUGCUUAUUUUGAAGAUGGCGAGCCAAAUAAUUUUAGAUAAACAAAACGGUAAAUAUUUGUGGUUUGCUCUUCUCUCACUGGGGUUUCAACCUGACAAUUACCGUUUGUCGAAUGUCAGCAAGAGCAGCGCAAGACACAUCAAACUCGGACCGAAUAUGUUUGACAAACCCAACAAAGAUGCUUUCUUCAUUGUGAUUACUUUCCUGCUGGAAAAACUCAAUCCAACAAGGUUUCAGCAGACCUACAGAUUUUGCUUGCCUGUGGUUGGAAAUAAACAAGAUGCUGAGUUCCGGAAAGUGACCUGCGCUUGGCUGCGAGAAUUGAUGGAUGAAACUGGAUACACAGGCUCCAAAAUGCUAGCAUCAUUGCUGCUCUCACCUGGAGGCCCCAAGUUCACAAGCUUGAUGCUUCAUUUGGCGAAACAGGUGAUGCUUCUGGAAAUGACUAGUUUCAACACAGGUGACGGUUUUGUACCCGAGGCUGCAGCGAUGCCGGCGUCUUCUCUUGACAUGGCAAGGAAGAGACUCCACCUAGCUAAGACCAGGUUUUUAAAGGAGGCUGUCCGCCAGGAUCGCGUAUUGCAGGAGUACCAGAAACGAGCAAAGGGCAUUGAGGAUUCUCUGCGACACCUCCGAGAUGAGAAUAAGAAGUAUGAUGCUCUCUUCAAACAUCAUGAGGGGGAUUCCCCCCAACCAGAAGUGCCUUCCACCGACAAAACUGUGAUGGUUCGAUCCCUGUGGUCGACCAUUGAUGAAAUGCGGUUGACAACAGAAGACAGCCAACAUGUGUUGGGAAGCGCCUUGAAAGGAGUGGUGGACCAGUACACUCUCGACGGCACAGACCGCCGCCUACAAAUUCCUCGCUGCCUGCUUGAGAGUAUUGAACAACUCCCCCAACAGUUAAGCUCUAGGAAUGUGUACCAGGCCCGACAGCUGGACCUGCUUUAUGUGUUUGAGCUGGCAAACCAAGCUCUGCGCCUCCUGAAGGAACGUUGCAGAGUCCAGAAGACCCCCAAACCGAAGGUCAAACUGAUACACCUGGAGCAAAAAUGUCAACAGAUGGCUCGUGAGCUGCAAGACCUUCAGCUCCUUAGAUUGAAGAGUUCCAAGGAGGAAAUCCCUGAGGUGAGAAGGAGUAUUAGAGACUUGGAGGCCGAGUGGGACAGGAAGUGGAUAAACACACUGAAAGAAACACCCUUGAUCUCUUUUCUCAAUGAAGAUCAAGCUCCUGGCUUUCUUUCACCAAUGGCCCACCUGUCGUUUGAACCAGCAGCUGAUGCUAGCUAUGGACCUAGCGUCUUCUCCCAGUUUCCUGCCAAGCUUCCUGAUAAGUCUGAAGAGUGUAAGUUGGGUGACGGCACUACUUGCUCAUUCCUCAAAAGCUCUUUUUCCACAGUUGAAAAGCAUCAACAAGGGGAUAUUUCAGCCGCCACAUCACCCCACGUCAACACCUCCCUGGACUGUUUUUUUGAUACGCCUCCAUCCCCUCCUCAGAAGACCCCAUCUGUACCACAGCAGGCUGCUGUAAGCAUGACCGGUUGCCUUCAUGCAAAGGAGACACCCACCAGGGCCAAGAUUCCAGUAUUAGACAUGGAAUGUGAUAACCUUGCUGAUCAGUUUGCAGAUGCUGUAGCAACAACCAGUCCGGCAGCAGACCACCUCUCAGGUUUGGAUCUGGACUGGAUUCUUGGCACCCUUCACGGAGAUCCCUUUUCCACCAGAAAGCAGCUGCGUCGCACACCUGACAGUUUGAUUUUGGAUAUUAGGAGCUCCUGGCGCAAAGCGGUAGAGGAAGACAGUGCUGAGGUGACAAAGUGGAACGACCGUAUCGCUGAGUCCCUAACUCCCCUCUCUGAGCCUGACAGCACUCCUAGCUCACUUGGCCACGCACACAGUGUGCCCUCCCAAACCUGCAGCCCUGCGAGCAAUCAACAGGGGGAAGUAAUCAAUUCUUCUCUGCUCUGUGGCACAUUCAACGCUCUCAACAGCUCGAGUGGCACCACGACCAGCAGCAGCGUGCCACAAUUUAGCCUCCAUCAGGAAACUCUGCCUGAACUUCCCAGCUGCGACAGUCUGCUCAGCCUCGACGAAGAGGAAGAUGAACCCUUCAUCCCCUGUCUGAAAAAAGAUGGGCUGUUGUCUCCGUUGAACUCCAGUCAUUGUCGAAUCCCGCAGCUGUGCAGUGGCUCUUUCAUGGAGAACAUAAGAUCUCCGAAGGCUCUUCCAGUUAAUGACAUUUCAGUAGAAGAUAGCAAGAAGGUAUUUUCUCUGGAUCUAGAUGCACUGGAUGUACAGUCCCCCACAAAGAAGCAGGAAUACUGCCUCCCCACACUCAUAACAUUCUCCCCGACAUGAAGUGUUCGCUGUUUUCUCUGUGUAUGGUUUGUUUUUAAUCUUAUUUGUACAUAUUAUUAUGCGCUAAAUAAAGUGUUUCCUGCAGUAA